AUGGUAGCUGAGCAGUCAGAGUUGCUCGCCCAGCCUCAGACGGAGCCAGUGGAGAUGGAGUCUCAUCGCAGUUUUGUGUCCAAGCCAAAGAAGAAGCACCUCCGCAAAGUAUUCAGCGAGAAGGAUAAGUAUUACAGGCACCGUCGUCACAUCGAGCAGCGCAUGGAGAAGCGUCUGGCCGAGAUCUGCACAAUGGUGGCUAGUGUGAUAGUUACCGAUUGUAAUGCCCUGAAAUCUUCAAUGGAUAAGAAGGAACUUAUACCCCGAAUUGUACGAUGGUGGUUAAGGAUUCAAGAAUAUGACAUCGAGAUUGUACAUCGAGCUGGAAUACUGAUGUGCCACGUUGAUGCUUUAAGCCGAGCACCUUUUGAAAACGCACAUGAAAUGGAGACUGCAUGUCUGAAGAUUUCCAAAACCCUGAUAGACGAAGCUGACUGGUUAUUCGCGAUACAACUACAAGAUGAGAAGAUCCAGAACAUCGUAGCGGAUAUGACAAGUGCGAAGCAAACCGAGAACGAUGAGUACGUAAUAGAGCAAUAUCGCCUAUUUCGAAAAUACGACAACAAGUUGCUAUGGGUUGUGCCGAAACAGCUAAGAUACCUUAUACUACACGAAUGCCACGACAAAGCAGGACACAUGAGCACAGAGAAAACAAUGCAGCGCAUUCUUAAUUUGUUUUGCUUUCCCCGAAUGCGAAAUUUCGUUAAGAGCUAUAUAAAAUCAUGCAUAGGUUGCGCGCUAAACAAAAUACCAGGUGGAUGCCAAGAAGGAGAGUAUCAUUACGAUGACAUUAAGCCCAUCCCAUUUUAUACUGUACACAUGGAUCACCUAGGACCUUUUCCAAAGAGUUUAAAGAGGAAUGAGCAUAUUCUAGUUAUUGUCGACGCCUUUACGAAGUUUACUAUAGUUCGAGCAACAAAAAGUACUGCAACUAAACAUGUCUUGGAUAUCCUGCAAGAGGUUACAAGCUACUUGGGAAUGCCAGGACGAAUCAUCACCGAUCGAGGUACCGCCUUCACUUCGAAAGAUUUCGAAAAAUAUUGCAAGUCGAACAACAUAAAGCACAUCCUUAACGCCGUAAGGACACCGAGGGCCAACGGUCAUGCAGAGAGAACGAACAGAAUUAUUUUGUCCAUGCUACUGCCUUCAAAUGAAAACGAUAAGCGAUGGGACGAAAUGCUACGAUCUAUCCAAUGGAGCAUUAAUACCAUGGUAAAUAGCACAACUAAAUGUUCCCCAUUUCAGCUUCUUUAUGGAUACGAGCCAAGAGAUAUUUUAAAGAACACCCUGACCAGCGUAAUCCAGAAUCAAGAGCAGAGGCUGAUGACAGAUGUCGAGUUGGAUACGCUACGAGCAGACGCUGCAACUAGAGUCAACGAUCAAAGAGCUGCAGCCAAGAAACGGUACGACGAAAAACACGCUAAGCCCACACAAUAUAAGCUAGGAGAUAUUGUACUGGUGGAGAACGAGCCAAGCAGCACGGGUACUUCCAGAAAAUUGGAGCCUCGCUAUAAAGGACCUUUUAUUGUCAAAAAGGUGUUGCCGAACGACCGAUAUCUAGUGGAAGAUAUCCCCCAGGCCCAACGAAAGCAGAGACAUUAUAAGUCGGUUUAUGCAUCCGACAAGAUAAAGCGCUGGUGUGAACUUCCAGAAGAUGACCAAGAUGACGACGAUGACUCGAAGGACGACCCCAUCUACGAAUCUCGCGAGGACGCUGAGAAUUUAUCAGGAAAGGCCGAAUGUAAACAUCUGAGCAACAAUCAGAUGUAG